AGCCGUCCGAAUACGUUAAGAAAGAGCUCACCUUCGAUCUGCAAAAUCCAGGGUUAGGGUUUCAUCUAAAAUUUCGUUGUUUCCUUCAUUUGAUUCUCUUUACCAGAGAUGACACACCUUAGUAUCUUCCUUUUCGAACCAUCUUUUUGAGCCCAUUAACGUCCUUAGACAAGAAAGAAGCUUUGUAAUCAUUAUUUGUUUAUUUUUGAGAUAAAAACGGUGCGGUAUUUGAUGGACGAGAUCUGGGAGAGAGCGGUGGAGACAGCAUUAGACGGGCAAGAGGACCACACGACGGCUAGAACCUUGACACUUGACGGUGCGGUUAAGUGCGUUCAAGGUCGCCUCCCCUCGCCAAACCUGUUGGAAAAAUUUGGGAAUCUUCAACAUCUUUCAAUUGCCAAUAUCGGUGUUUCAUCUCUUGAACAGUUUCCUCGUCUUCGAAAUCUCCAGAAAUUAAUCCUCUCAGACAACAGAAUCGCCGGUGGCCUAGAAUUUCUCGUUGAAGCUGGCCUUGACUCGCUCCGAGACCUUGACUUGUCUAACAACCGGAUUCAAUAUAUUGAAAAUCUUGCCCCGCUUGCCCAGCUUAAGCUUGUGUCCCUUGAUCUUUAUGAGUGCCCGGUUACCAGAGUUGAGGAUUAUAAAUCUAGGGUUUUUGAAUUGAUUAAAUCGUUGAAAUAUUUAGAUAAAAUGGAUGCUGAAGAAAAUGAAAGGACAGAAUCUGAUGAGGAGGAAGAUGAAGAGGAGGUGGAUGAAGAUGAUCCAGGGACUGGGGGAAUUGAUGGUGAUGAUCAGCAUUACAGAAUAAGUAAUGGGCAUAGCGAAGGUGCGGAAGAGGUUGUUGAUGUUGAUGAAGAUGGGGAGAGUGAUGCAGAUGAAGAAGAGACGGAAAUAGGCGGAAGAGUAAAUGGGUUAAGCCAUGAGGGGAAUGGGUUUCAGAUUGAGGAAGUAGGGAGAGAUGAAGAUGAAGAUGGGGACGAUGAUUAUGAGAAUGGUUCAGGUGACGAAGUUGAUGAUGAUGAUGAGGAAGAUGAUGUUGUGGAAGUUCAUGAUAUUGGGGAUAGUGAUGAUGAGGAAGAUGACAUAGACGGUGACGAGGAAGAUGAGGAGGAAGAGGAGGAAGAGGUAGAUAAUGAUGAAGGUGACUUUGCAGAACCAGAGAGUACUGGACGUUUGACAAGCUCAGAAGGUGAGAUUGAUGGGCAUGAACAUGGAGAAGACGGGGAUGAUGAUGAAAAUGUUGAGACUGGUGAGGAAGAGCUAGGUGUCGGUGAUGAUGGGGAAUAUGAAGAUGAAGAAGAGAGUGAAGAGGAGGAAGAUGACUAUGGUGAAGGUUAUCUGGUUCAACCAGUGGUGCAAGCAGAAGAACAUGAUGCUGAAGGAAGUGGUAUGGAGCCGGGUAAUGAAAAAGAAGACGAGGAAGACGUUGAAGAUGAUGAGGAUGUUCAGGUGCUGCCAUCUACUUCUUCACAGCAUAAGAGAAAGAGAAGUGAUGAUGUCGUGGAGUUUCCAAAUGCCAAGGCAUCAAAGAAGCAUGGUUAGGUGUGUUGGAUCCUGUUUUGUUAAUAAGAGUGCUUGGAAUAGAUUGGUUGACAAUUGAGUGAUCUUGUUGAACAGAUGUGUAUUUGAUGGGUGGAUACAUCAAUGCUUGGUUCAAAAAGUCGUUAGCGAAUUUCCAUUUUGCUCUUUUCCUUGGAAUAUAUUAUAUAUAUGUCCACUACUUAUUCGUCAAUUCAAAUGGCAGUUAUGAAGGGUUUUACCGCUCGCUUUCAGCUAAGGAUUUGAGGGAAAAUAUAAGUUGUGAAAACUAUUUUUUUUUAAGGUGGGGGGUGAUUUUGUAAUAAGUUAAAAAAAGAAGACUUGUUGAUAGUAUUGGUUUGUUAUUUUGGUUGGGCUCCAUCCAUCAAGUGGGGUGACUUUCUGGA